AUGUCCGCGGAAGUCCCUGAGGCAGCCUCCGCGGAGGAGCAGAAGGAAAUGGAAGAUAAAGUGACUAGUCCAGAGAAAGCUGAAGAAGCAAAAUUAAAAGCAAGGUAUCCUCAUCUGGGACAAAAGCCUGGAGGUUCAGAUUUCUUAAGGAAACGAUUACAGAAAGGGCAAAAAUAUUUUGAUUCUGGGGAUUACAACAUGGCUAAAGCAAAAAUGAAGAACAAGCAGCUUCCUACUGCAGCUCCGGAUAAGACAGAGGUCACUGGUGACCACAUUCCCACUCCACAGGACCUUCCUCAACGGAAACCAUCCCUUGUUGCUAGCAAGCUGGCUGGCUGAUUAAAAGAGCUGAACUGCAUGAGUCUUCUAAUUCCCAUUAUUUCUCCUUAAUAUGUUACUUCUCUGCUUUUUAUUUCCUUUCAUUCACUAAGUCAUUUGAGAAUGACAGCUUUGCAGGUAGCGGUAGUGUGUGCUGCUAUUGUAAGGGAAUAUUCGUGUGUAGAGUUUUGAUUAGUUUUAACAGUGCACUGAUAAAGAGAACAUGUUAGAGCAACAUAAAGUAAUCUACUUGAAAAUAGUUGUAUAUAUUACCUAACUUCUAGUAUAGGACUGAUUGAACAAGUAACAAGCAAGUUUUACAAUUGUAAUCUUUUGGCUUUCUUUAAUUCAUCUUAAUUAUAGCUUUGUAUGUUACUUUUAUUUAAUAUAACCUUUAUUGUAUUGAUUUCUUCUGUAUUUUCCUUUUGGAUUUUGUAAAACAGAAGUUUAAGACCACAAGUUGGAAAGAAGGUCACAUUCUUCAAACAAAGAUAGAUGGGGUUUUGAAAGA